GAGACUCUAUACACUGUAAAUAUCUCAGGAUAAGGGUCAGUGUGGUUCUGCUUUGGUUCUGCUUGUCUUGUGUUCAGCUCCAGAGAGGUGAUGACCAGCUCACAGUGGAGGACACACAGUCUGGACUGAACUGGCUUCAGAACCAGAGUCAUGUGGAGAGAUCAGAGCUGAAUCCAAACCAAACCAGCAUCCAGCCUGAUGUGUGGACCGAGCUGAGGGAGCUGAGGGACAUGGUGGUGGAGCAGAGGGUGCAGCUCACUUCCGCUCAAUGCCGACUGCAGUCUAGUCAAAGUCAGAUUGAGGAGCUGAAGAAAGAGAACACAGCUCUGAAAAACAGACUGCUGGACUUGACACUGGAGAAUUCAGCCAUGAACAACAGACUGCUGACUACUGAGAACCAAAUGGAGGAGCUGAAGCGACUGAAUGGAGCUUUGGAGGGGAGGGUGGUCUCUACUGAAGUGGGUGUGGAAGCACUGAGAGAGGAGAAUGCAAACAGACCAAAGGUGGCGUUCUCAUCUGCUUCAGGCUUAAAUGGCUACGUCGGGCCUUUAGGUGUCGACACCAUACUGGUUUUCAGCAAAGAGAUCACAAACAUUGGAAACGCUUUCAGCCCAAUCACAGGUGUUUUCACUGCUCCACUCAGAGGAGUCUAUUACUUCAGGUUUAAUGUACUUGGUUACAGCAGUUCAAACAGGCUGGCUCUGUGUUUGUAUAAAAAUAAAGAGAAAAUUUUUGAUGUGACUGAAGACCCAAAAGAAACAUUUGAGUACGCCGUUGGUGGAGCCACUCUGCUGCUGCAGCAAGGAGAUCAUGUGUAUGUUAAGCUCAGACGUAACAGUCAGAUUCAUGACAACAGUGACAACCAUUGCACUUUCAGUGGUUUUCUGCUGUUUUCUGUGUAAACUGCUUUUAAUAACGAGGCUUUAUUAAAUGGAAUUUUCCGGCACUAAACAUAUAUUUUCUAUAUGGA